GUAGCGUGUGAAUGCCAAGCGACUACCAAGAUCAAUUAUGUGAGUGCUGGAAACAGUGGUGUGGCGUCCUAGUCAACAGCCUGUUUCACAGGAGAAUCUUGCCUUGUCUUGGUGCCAGCGAUAUCUGUUCGCGACAAGGGUCUCUGAUUCCGAAGGCCCGCAAAUGGCCUAAGAAAUUUUGAGAGUUGGUGCGAUGACGGCUGACGACGUCCUUCUAGCGGUCAACAUUUACUAAAAUUUGAGUUUUGUAUACGUCAAGGCGGCCGUAAGCUAUACUGUACAUCAGACCCACUGUCUUGGUUUUACAAGGAGACGGGUCCUUCUUUGUUAUCGCCUUCUGUUGAUUAUUCUCUAUUUUAUUUUCUUCCAAAAAAAGAAUCGAGAAAGACGGUCUGGGUUUUCUCCCCAACCUCGGCCGCCGGUGAACAGGUCCAUUUCUCCAUCUGCUGUUGAUGAAUUCAUAAGUGGUUUAGACCAUUUGAACUUAUUGUGCUCUUCUUGCUAGUCUCGGAGCUCAGAUCCUAAUAUCGGCCCUUUUGAUCUUCGGUUUUUGAGUUUUGGCUCUUUUCUCAUCUGGGUUUGUCGCGUCUCUGGUUUGGGUAAUUGGGUAUAGCAUAAUUAGAUUCAUUUUCGAGGAUUUCGACACUUCGCAGUUGUUGGUUUUAGACUUCUUGCUCUUUUGCCAUCUGGGUUUCAAUCCUUUGUCAAUUACCCAAACCGGGUACAUUAGGGUUUGGUGAAAUUUCGCUGUGAUCAUCCAAAAUUUAGCUUGCGUCACGAGAAAACUUGGACACUUCAACUAUAAGAACAUCGGAUUUUGAACUGUCAGGCCUUUCGGCAGUGUCUGGUUUCUAGGUUUGGAGACUUGCUUGAAAAUUUGUGGCGAUUGUUGAUAAUUGAACUUACCUGUUGAGGGCAUUUGAUUGAAAUUUCAGUUCUUUUACAUCUGGAUGUCUCUCCAUUGUCACCAUGGUGACUUGGAUAUUCAAUAGCUUGGUCGCAUUUUGGUAAGCUUUUUCUGCACCAUGAUAUUUCUUUUUGUUCGAUUUUACUUGGUGGCAAUUUGGAGAGUGUAAAAGAUGCUUUCAUUAUCUUUUACUUCUAAAGGUGGAGUCUAGGUUUCUUGUUUUGUUGAGUAUGGCUAAAUGGCUGUUGAGUCUAUUGUUAUUAGCACAAUUGUCAAGCAGUCUUGCUUCUGGAUUGUUGAUACAAUCUAAGAUUUGUGGAGAAGACCGCAUCACCCAUACAAAUUCUUCUGGCCAUGAAUUAUUCUACAUAAAUGGCCGCCUCAUACACAAAAAAUUGUUCUGCAAGGCCAUCAAAUUUUAUUAUGCAAAUAAUUGCAGUGUUGAGGAAUACCUCGGAAGUGGUUAUUGUGGAUUCGACUUUUCUUUAGUUGAGCUACCUUUCAAGGCUGGAAGGAAACUUUUGCAGAAGGUAUUUACAGAAGAGUCCACAAGACCUAAUUUUGUUCAGAAAAAUCAUUCUAGAAAAACUGAGAAAUCUCUCUUAACCCCAAAGAAGAUGGCCGUGGCAAUUCCUGGAAUUUUUGUCCUGUGUUGUGGUUUACUAUGUCCUUGCUUUCGUUCAAAAAGGAAAGAAACUCCCCAUACAACUCUUGCAAAAGAACUGAGUUCAGUGGAUUCAGGUUCUUUAUUUGAAGUGAAUUCUGCUUCUGAGAAGGUUCCACCCAGUCCAUUACGAGUGCCUCCCAGUCCUUCUAAGUUUUCCAUGUCCCCAAAACUUAGUAGGCUUGGAUCUGUUCAUCUCAAUAUGAACCAGGUUACCAAAGCUACUCGAAAUUUUUCACCAUCCUUAAAAAUUGGUGAAGGAGGCUUUGGAACUGUGUACAAGGCACAGCUACAAGAUGGUCAGUUUGUUGCCAUAAAACGAGCAAAGAAGGAACUCUUUGACACUCUACGAACUGAAUUCAGCAGUGAAGUUGAACUUCUGGCCAAAAUUGAUCAUCGAAAUCUAGUGAAGCUACUUGGUUACAUUGAUAAAGGAAAUGAGCGCCUGCUUAUAACAGAAUAUGUGCCAAAUGGUACUCUUAGAGAACAUCUGGAUGGUCAGCGCGGAAAGGUCCUGGAUUUCAAUCAGCGGCUUGAAAUCUCCAUCGACGUCGCCCAUGCCCUCACCUACCUCCAUUUAUAUGCUGGGAAGCAAAUUAUCCAUCGUGAUGUGAAGUCAUCCAAUAUUCUUCUCACAGAAAGCUUGAGAGCCAAAGUGGCCGAUUUUGGAUUUGCCAGGCUUGGUCCCAUGGACUCUGAUCAAACGCAUAUUUCAACCAAAGUUAAAGGGACAAUUGGUUAUCUUGACCCUGACUAUAUGAAAACCUACCAACUCACUACAAAGAGCGAUGUGUACUCAUUCGGAGUAUUACUUCUAGAAAUUCUGACAGGCCGCCGUCCUGUAGAGUUGAAGAAAGCUGCUGAUGAGAGGGUCACACUUAGAUGGGCAUUCAAGAUGUACAGUGAAGGCCGUGUUGUGGAGAUGGCAGAUCCUUUGAUGGAGGAAGCUGUUGAUGCAGGGAUACUUUCCAAAAUGUUUGGUUUGGCAUUUGAGUGUGCAGCGCCUGUACGAGCCCAGCGGCCAGACAUGAAAUCAGCUGGAGAGCAGUUGUGGACAAUUAGAAUGGACUACCUUAAGAGUGUAAGAAGAGCCUAGUGUGUACAAUUUCACAGCAGUCUCGUUAAAUUCACAUAUUUAAAAAAAAAUCUCAGGUACUGUGUCUAUCAAACAGAAUCUGGUCUUAAACAGAACCUUCAGAAGUAUAUUUUUUUUUCUUUUAUGUUUUAUUUGCGAGAUGGAUUUCUCAAUGUAAUACAGUUUUACUGAAAGAAUGCAAUUAUUUCUGGUGGUUGUUUGGGUGAAAA